AUGUCUACUGAAAUUUCUGAAAAUACUAUCUCUUCAGAAAAUAAUAUCUCUAAUUUGGAAACUGAACAAGAAGAAAUAUCUAUUAAUUCUAAUAGGUUAAGUGACUAUAUUGCUCAAAAUAUAUCACUUCAUGAACGAAUUAAAAAAUUAGAAGAAACAAUUA